GCUCGAGUUACACGGAUUAAGGCCCCGUGCAGUGCCGGUCGGGCUCCGCUUACACGAUAACGUGCCGUCCGUCCCCGCUGCCGCCGCGCGGAGUUGCAUUCUCACAUUAUCUCUCAUCCCAGGAUAUAUCACAUCACCACGACACACACUCACCGACCGUGCCAUCACAAACUCGCCAGGGCAUCUUUCAACGCGCCCUUCCCCUCUCCUCAUCCACUACCCUCAGGGAAGAAAAGAAAAGACACGCAUACGGACAUACAUACACGCCAAGCAUGACACGCAGCCCGCCGCCCCCCGACCCGUCCCUCCCGCGCAUCCUCUGCCUCCACGGCGGCGGCACCAACGGCCUCGUCUUCCGCAUGCAGUGCCGCGGCCUCGUCGCCGCCCUCAAGCCGCACUUCCGCUUCGUCUUCGCCGAGGGGCCCUUCGCCUCGGACCCGCACCCGGCCAUCGUCGCCGUCUACGGCGACUGCGGGCCCUUCCGGAGCUGGCAGCGCUGCCGGGACGACGACCCCGCGGUCACGGCCGACGAGUCCGCGGACAAGAUUGCGGCCGCGUGUCGGGCGGCCAUGGAAGCCGACGACGACGAUGAACACGAGGGCGGCACCGGCCCGUGGGUCGCGGUGCUGGGAUUCUCGCAGGGGGCCAAGAUGGCGGCGAGCCUGCUCUGGUCGCAGGAAAGGCUGCGGCGCGAAGACGAGGAGGACAACGCUGCGACGACGACAGGCACGAGCAUAAGAACGAAGACGACGAAGGCGGCUACAGCGACACGUCCUUCGCUGCUGGCCGACUUCAAGUUCGGCGUCCUCAUCGCAGGCAGCCCACCAACCGUAUCGCUCGACACGCGCGUCCGGGCUCCCAUCCCGCGCUUCUCUAUCGACGCGCAACGCUCGCUGCUCAACCUCGCCGAGUGGCCCGCGUCGAGCAGGGGCGAGCACGCGCUGCGCACGACGCCGACGGUGCACGUCCACGGCGUGCUGGACCCGGGCCUGGCGCGGCACCGGCGGCUGCUGGCGGCGUACUGCGCCGAGGGCACGACGCGGCUCGUUGAGUGGCAGGGCGACCACCGGCUGCCCAUCAAGGCGCCCGACGUGCAGGCCGUGGCGGAUGCGGUGAUGGAGGUUGCGCGGGAGACGGGUGCUAUUCUAUACUGAAGAGGAGAUCCCGCGUGAAUAUAGAAUGGCCGGCCGUGUACGAGUGAGAGGCAAAGAUAGGGUGGGCUCUCUCUCUCUCCUCCCCUACUUUGCAUAUUGCGGCAUUAGAUGGACGUUACUGAGACCAGUGCUGCCAAGUAUCAGCUACUACUAUAGAUUGUGUUGAACUACGCGCAGCUGCUCUUUUGAAUCACAUCGGUCAAAGUGAUGAGCGGCCAGACGCCAUCAUCAUGCCUUUCUUUCCUACCGCCUUGUGCCACCCAUCCUCGGACGGCCUUGUGCACCACCAACCUCAAUAUGUACGUAGACACGCCCGCAACGGGAAGACGGGCGCUGGCCCCCCCUUCCUUUUGGCCACAUCUUGAUGUGACAACAGCUCCAGCCAAGACCCAGGAGAGGCGCAACGAGUUCCGUCGACAGCUCAGGUAACCCCG